AACUUUAUUUUCUGACACUUCUGAGAAAAAGUAAUUUGAUCCAUUUACCCACUGUACUUUUUAUUUAUGUCUUGAGCAAAACGGAACGUAACUACAACCCGUACAAAACAAAAAGUCUUCACAAUCAUCCGUUUGCGUACACUUUUAAUAGUUUUAAUACAUUGCAUUUUAUAGUCGUAUUACCUGUCAUAACAUCAGCUGAUAACCAAGGGACGAAGAGGUUAAGUUGUAUUUGUAAAGAAUUAUAUCGAAUAUUAUUGAUUAUUAAACAGUAAAAUGACUGUAAAACCUCGAGAAAGACCUGCGGACCCAGACGAUGAUCCCGUAGAGAGUAUGUUAAAGAAAACAGGCUGCUUGGAACUACAUUAUAAAGUACAGGAGUGUAUAGCGACCACAAAGGAUUGGAGGAAAUGUCAGACAGAAGUGAAUGAUUUUCGAGAUUGUAUUAACAAACACAAAAAACCUGAAGAAGUAAAAAGUUAAACCUAUA